AUGAAUGUGAUGAAUGCUGACUACUUUGAGUUUAUUCAAACGGGUUAUAGUGAUGAAGCCUGUCUAAGAAUGAAUGUGUAUAUAGACCAAGAAAAUAAACCUAUACUUGAUUGGGCAGAUUUGGAAGUAGUAGAAGAUGAUGAAGAGCAUUAUUCUGAGGAAGACCCAGAUGAUGAUAAUGAUUCACAACUUUGUGAUGAUAUUUCAUAUAAGCAUGAAGCAGAUGAUUACAUUCCUUCUGUUGACAAGACUAUUGGUGAUGAAUUCUUAGACCGGGUGCCUGGCAUGUGUAAGGAUAUAAAUGAUGAGGCUGGAACUGAUGAGGUUGAAACCAAGAAUGGGGAUGAAAAACCAGUGUACCCUGUCCAUAAUGAGAACUAG